CUUUCCGGGGCGAUCAGCUGCAUGAUGAACGCUAAACUUAUGUACGGGGCAAUCCUAAUUGUCCGAAGUUGCAUCGUUGCUACAAGCGAUGCGCAAAGUCCGACCGUGACCGAUGCGACUCUCUUGCAAGUGGCCGCUUCUCUCCAAAUGUUUGUAGACGAACUCCCCCAAUUGCCCAAGCUAUAUGGAUACACCACCGUCAACGGCGUCCCCAAGUCAGCCACUUUGACCAUUGGCACGUACCAAACCUCAUGGAAAUUCCACCGUGACUUGCCGGCCACAACCGUGUUUGCGUACGGUACAUCGGCCGCGACAGCCACUGUCCCCGGACCCCAGAUCGAGGCACUCCAAGGCAUGCCCACGCUCGUGACAUGGCAAAAUCACCUCCCCCAGUCCCACAUACUCCCUUGGGACCCGACCAUCCCGACCGCCAUACCGAAGAAAGGGGGUGUCCCGACCGUCGUCCACCUCCACGGCGGGAUCAACCCUCCGCAGUCGGAUGGUCACGCCAACGCUUGGUUCACCGCGGAUUUCACCGAGACCGGGCCCACCUGGUCCCAGUCAACGUAUACUUACCCGAAUGCACAGCACGCCGGCAACCUCUGGUACCACGACCAUGCCGUGGGUCUCACCCGUGUCAACAUCCUGGCCGGCCUGAUUGGCCCAUACAUCAUCCGGAACACCGCCCUCGACGCAAAGCUGAAGCUUCCGCUGGGCCCACAGUACGAUCGGGUCCUAAUGAUCUUCGAUCGGAGCUUCAACACUGAUGGCUCGCUGUACAUGAACUCCACCGGAAACAACCCCACCAUCCAUCCUCAGUGGCAACCGGAGUACUUCGGCGUCGCCAUCAUAGUCAACGGCAAGGCCUGGCCUUACCUCCAGGUCCAACGUAGAAAGUACAGAUUCCGUAUAAUCAACACUUCUAACGCGAGAUACUUCCGCUUCUCAUUGACCAACAACUUGACCUUCGACCAAAUCGGGUCGGACGCGUCGUACCUUCCCAAUCCGGUGACCAUGCAAUCCAUUCUCUUGGCUCCCGCCGAAGGUGCUGACGUGGUCAUUGACUUUUCCAUGGCGAGCGCCAAUGAGUCCAUUUUGACCAACGACGCUCCGUACCCGUAUCCGACUGGCAGCCCCGUGGAUCAGCUGAACAGUAAGAUCAUGAAGUUCAUCAUCCAACCCGGGGCUCCGAACCCGCCUGAUGACUCGAAGGUCCCGCCGAAGCUGAAACCCUACCCUACGGCCACAACCGCCGAGGCCACAAGAACCAGGUACAUAACACUAUAUGAGUACCAAAGUGCGGCCCGGACUCCGACCCAUUUGUACAUUAACGGGUUGAGGUUUGAGGACCCGGUGACCGAGACCCCAAAAGUCGGGACCGAGGAGAUCUGGGAAGUGAUCAACCUGACAGGCGACAACCACCCGUUUCACAUGCACUUGGCGCAAGUCCAGGCUGUGAAGAUCCAACAACUGGUGGAUCUGGCCGGGUUCACUUCAUGCAUGACCCGGUCGAACGACGCUGUCGCGUGCAACAUCAUGAGCCAUGCGACGGGGCCAUUGGCAGACGUGCCUGUGACAGAGAGGACGUGGAAGAACGUAGUGAAGAUCUCGCCGGGGUAUAAGACCACGCUCGUGGUUCAGUAUUAUGUGAUCGAUGACAGUUAUGCACCAUAUCCAUUCGAUGCUACAGCAGAACCGGGUUAUGUGUACCACUGUCACAUUCUUGAUCAUGAGGACAAUGCCAUGAUACGACCGAUGAAGUUGGUCGCCUGAAGAAUGCAUGGACCGACGAUUGAAGAGCAAUACAUGUCUAGGUAGUGUGUGUUCGUGCAAUAAUUGAGAUUUGAGAUUGUAGAUCUACUAGCGAGUCAAUGAUUUGUAUUUAUUGAUGAUGUGAUUGCUCCAAAUAAGGAAGUGAACAGUGUGUGCAGUAUCUU